CAUCACAUGCAGCUCGGGAGAAUGACGCGAUCAGAGGGAGUUGAGCAGCUCCACGGACUCCUCAAGAGGAGCACAGGACUCGUGAACACUCAGUGAGGAGCUCACAGGAUGAUCAGAGCCGGUUCCCCGAGGAUCUGACUUCUCUCUAAGGAUCAAGUCUGGAGGAACCUCAGAAUCGAGCGUCGCUUAUCUGCUGAACACCUCGGGCUCUUUUUGGUCUCGUCGCGUAGAAUAAGCAAAGCGAGACUAGUUUACUUUUAGUUUCUGUCUCGUCACGGUCCGUCUGCUGCUGCUGCUUCUGCUUCUACACUUUUCUUUCUGGACAUUGCAACAGGUCAGUAGAGAGUCGCUGUCCUGCAACACUGAAGAGAUGUUGGACGGAAUCAAAAUUGAAGAUCAGUUCAGAACAGGAGCAGAGUCUUUGAGAGUGAUGCUGGGUUCAGACUGCGUCCAUCAGAGUGUGUGUGAGGGAUGUCACAGACCGAUCUCUGAUCGCUUCCUCCUGCGCGUGAACGACAGCUCGUGGCACGAGGAGUGUCUGCAGUGCUCGGUGUGUCAGCAGCUCCUCACCAUGAGCUGCUACUCCAGAGAUCACAAACUCUACUGCAAACACGACUACCAACAGUUGUUUGCGGCCAAAUGCAGCGGCUGUCUGGAGAAGAUCGCUCCCACUGAGUUUGUGAUGCGUGCACUAGAAAGUGUGUAUCAUCUAGGCUGCUUCUGCUGCUGCGUGUGCGAGCGACAGCUGUGUAAAGGAGACGAGUUCGUCCUGAAAGAGGGACAGCUGCUGUGCAAGAAUGACUACGAGAAGGAGAAAGAUCUACUGCAUUCGGUCAGCCCGGACAUGUCUGACUCCGAUAAAAGUGAGGAUGAAGAAUUGGAUGUGAAGCCAGAGAAAGGAGCAGGAGGUCAGGGCAAAGGCGGCGAUGACAGCAAAGACCCGCGCAGACCCAAGAGACCUCGCACCAUCCUCACCACCCAGCAGCGGCGCGCAUUCAAGGCCUCCUUUGAGGUGUCGUCCAAACCCUGCAGAAAGGUCAGAGAGACGCUGGCAGCUGAGACCGGUCUGAGUGUUAGAGUCGUCCAGGUGUGGUUUCAGAACCAAAGAGCAAAGAUGAAGAAAUUAGCACGCCGACAACAGCAGCAACAAGACCAGCAAAACACUCAGAGACUCGGACAAGAUGUGAUGUCAAGCCGAAUGGAGAAUCUGAUGAACUCUUACACGCCGCUGGCUCCGCCUCCACAGCAUCAGUUAGUCUCCAUGGAGACCAGCGGAUACAGCACAGACCCGUUCCAGCAGGGCCUGACCCCUCCACAGAUGCCCGGAGAUCACAUGAAUCCAUACGGAAACGACUUGAUUUUCCACGACAUUGACAGCGACACGUCUCUGACCAGUCUGAGCGACUGCUUCCUAGCCGCGUCCGAAGUCGGAUCCCUCCAGACCCGCGUGGGAAACCCCAUCGACCGCCUCUACUCCAUGCAGAGCUCCUACUUCGCCUCCUGAAACCAAACCCUGAGACUAAACAGCUGCAAAAACUACCUAACAGCCAGUCAAACCUCCAGUAAAAGGCCAACUAGAAUCCCGAGGCUGUAAGGACAACCAAACCAAACCAAACGACUCACGCUACAGAUGAAACCAGACCUUGGCUUUGCAGAGGAGGUCUUGAGUCUAACCAGGUUCAGAGAUGUGCCUGCCAAGCGAACGUGAAGAUGGGAUGAGAUGGUUUUCAUCUAGACUUUGAAGGGAAAGAAAUCCUAACCAAAUAUUUCUAGAGGAGCUGCAGGACACUUACUGCAGUGUAUCGAACCAACAAAACAAGUUUAGACCGUAAAUAGACAAAUGCAAUACAUGCAAAAAGUUGAAAACACUGCAUACAGUACAACAAUGUUGUUGUUGAAUAUGGAUUUCAGAUGUUUCAAAAGAAACUCAAGCCGAAACAGCUGUGUGUUGAUAAAGACGACUAGCUAUUUAUUACGUACAUGUGCCAAGUAAACCUGCAAAGCUUUAUUUAUAUUAAGACAAAUUGUGUUAGAGUAAGUACCAUAAACAUCUUUAUGUAAGUCUCUGGAAGAGGGUGUAGUAUUACUGUUGAUGUUUAAAGAUGUAUAUGUUUAUUUCGCUGUGCUAUUUAUUUGUCGUUUGCAUUCUUGGACAUUGUAGAGGAUGCAUUAUUGCUCAAACUUGCUGAAUUUACCAAAGUUUGUUGGUACUAAAAAUAAAGA